ACCAAUUUGCUAGCCUAGAAUCAGCAAAAACCGCCCAAGGUUUACCCAAAUCCAUUACCCCUACCACACAUAUUGGCCCCGUGUGAACCCCAAGAAAACAAACUUAAGUCCCAAAUCCCACCUAAUCUUCCACUCUCUAUAAAAACGCCUAGAAACUUACACCACUCUCUCACCCUAUUCUUUUCUUGAUCUCACCUAAAGCCCAAGUCUUUGUUCUCUUCUCUCGCGUCGAUUUGGUUUUGAAAAAUGGCUACGAAGAAGAGUGUUAGCAGUUUAAAGGAAGCAGAUUUGAAGGGAAAAAGAGUUUUUGUAAGAGUAGAUCUGAAUGUUCCUUUGGAUGAUAACUUUAAUAUUACCGAUGAUACUAGGAUCCGUGCUGCUGUCCCCACUAUCAAGUACUUGAUGAGUCAUGGUGCCAGAGUUAUUCUUUCCUCUCACUUGGGACGCCCAAAGGGUGUCACACCUAAAUACAGCUUGAAGCCUCUUGUACCAAGGCUAUCUGAACUUCUUGGUGUUGAUGUUAAGAUGGCAAAUGAUUGUAUUGGUGUGGAGGUUGAGAAAAUUGUGGCUGAGAUUCCAGAAGGGGGUGUUUUGCUCCUUGAAAAUGUAAGGUUUUAUAAGGAGGAAGAGAAGAAUGACCCUGAAUUUGCAAAGAAGCUCGCUUCUCUAGCAGAAAUCUAUGUGAAUGAUGCAUUUGGCACUGCUCACAGAGCCCAUGCAUCCACUGAGGGCGUGGCUAAAUACUUGAAGCCUGCUGUUGCUGGUUUCCUUAUGCAGAAGGAACUCGAUUAUCUUGUUGGAGCUGUGGCAAAUCCCAAGAAGCCAUUUGCUGCAAUUGUUGGUGGCUCAAAGGUAUCUUCUAAGAUUGGAGUUAUCGAAUCACUCUUGGAGAAGGUUGACCUCCUCUUCUUGGGUGGAGGAAUGAUCUAUACUUUUUACAAAGCACAAGGGCACUCAGUUGGGUCCUCCCUUGUUGAGGAAGACAAACUUGAUCUUGCAACUUCACUUAUUGAGAAGGCCAAGGUCAAGGGGGUAAAACUGCUGCUGCCUGCAGAUGUGCUUGUUGCUGACAAGUUUGCUCCAGAUGCCAACAGCAAGGUGGUGCCAGCUUCUGAGAUACCAGAUGGUUGGAUGGGUUUGGACAUAGGACCUGAUUCCAUCAAGACAUUCAGCGAGGCAUUGGAUACAACCAAGACCAUUAUUUGGAAUGGACCAAUGGGUGUCUUUGAGUUCGAGAAGUUUGCAGCGGGAACUGAGGCAAUUGCCAGGAAGCUUGCCGAGCUCAGUGGCAAGGGAGUGACUACCAUCAUUGGAGGAGGUGACUCUGUCGCUGCUGUGGAGAAGGCUGGACUCGCUGACAAGAUGAGCCACAUCUCAACAGGAGGUGGUGCCAGCUUAGAGCUUCUAGAGGGCAAACCAUUACCUGGAGUCCUGGCUCUUGAUGAUGCUUAAGCCGAAAUUUUCCUCGUGUUACUUCUUAAGAACAUGCUUGGUAAAUGUUUGGUAUUACAAUCAGAGUGGACUAGAUGAGCGCUGAUCUUUGGAGGCUGUAGAGUGACUAAAUAAAUCUCCUCUCAAGUAUAUUCAACCAUGGAAUGGUUUCGGAUUGGAUCCUUUCCGGGUUUUUUUAUUUUGAUGAUCCAAUUAUGCGAAUUUGCUCUCAA